AUAAAAGAUGGGAGGUUUUAUGAAAUCAGGAAGAAUCUGCAUCCUUACCUCAGGAAGAUUUGCAGGAAAGAAAGCUAUCAUUGUCAGCCAGCACGAGACCAGAGCUAACAGAGCUUUCCCACAUGCCGUUGUUGCUGGUAUUGAAAGAUACCCAAAGAGAGUCACUAGAAGGAUGGGUAAAAAGAGAAUUGCCAGGAAAUCCCACAUCAAGCCAUUCGUAAAAGCAGUUAAUCUCUCUCACUUAUUGCCAACCAGAUACGUUGUUAAGGAUUUCGACUUGGACGGUAUUAAUGACGAAAUUUUGAAGGACAAAGAGCAAAAAGUCGAGGCCAAGAAAACUUUGAGAAAAGUUUUUGAGAAGAAAUAUCUGAACCCAACUUCUGCUGAAGACAAGGGCGAAAACACCAAGUUCUUCUUCAAGAAGCUCAGAUUCUAAUUUGGUGUUGUUAACCUCAAUAUUAAUAGCUAAAAGGUAGAUACUGUUAACAGGACUCCAUUUCCC